UCUUUACCACUGAAUAAGACCCUAUUAGACUACUCCACUGAUCCACCACUCCCUACCACCGUAUCACUACCAUCGUAACCAUGUUGGUCUACCCAGCCCUAGUACUAGCCCUGGGUGCCCUAUGGCCACUGGACUGGACACCUAUGAAGUCACAGUUACUGAGCUCAGUGACUGGCCAGUACCACGGUACUACAUGGGCCAUGGCAGAGAAGGUGGCUGGAGGUGAUGAUCCGGAGGAAGUAGUGGUAGUGGAAGGUACUACUAGUGAUGAAGUGGCAAAGAACAAGGAGAGUCAGAAGGGGUGGAAACAGAAACUAAAAGAAUGGGCUAUAGAGUAUGCUCUACUAGACGAAAAUGGACAUUUCCAGUGGGAUUGGAAUUUUCUGAUAUGGAUACCGAUUUGGUUAGGUGCGCUUAUAAUAGGAGGGCCUUUGGCGUUGAUAGUAAUGCUGAUAUAUUUCAUAGCAAUUAGAUUUUUCAAGUUAAUUAAUCCUAAGUCCUCGUUAGGCUGCGGUGGAAGUUCGGUAAAGAAUAUGAACGGUACAAAGCUGGAUUAAUGAACAGCAUUUGGGGUGUGUUGUUAAAUAUGUGCAGUACAAACGACGUAUAUUUAAUAUGGUAGGGGUAUACUCUGGUGGAAUUUACAACAGCUUAUUUCCUAUACGUAUACCUCUUAA